AUGGCAGGUAAUCGCGGUUCCACUCGGGGAAGGACUAACAAUGCUGAAGAGGAUCUUAUCACAACAAUUGGGGGAUUGGCCACGUUCGUCCAGAACAUGAGCCAAGAAUGGCAAGAACAUCGUCAACAGAACCAGAAUCAACCCCCGCUGCAGGACCAUGCGGAGGAGAUUGCCCGACGGAGGUUGAAGGACUUCCGUAACUUUCAACCACCUAUCUUUGAAGGUGGAGACCACCCUGAGGCUGCAGCAAACUGGCUGCAGAUGAUCGAACAUAUCUUCGAACGGAUGGGAUGCCCAGAGGCUCAGAAGCCGGACUAUGCCUCCUAUCAGUUGACGGGAGAAGCAUUGACAUGGUGGACUGGCGCGAGAGCUCUGCUGCGAGCUCAGAAUACUGAAGUGACCUGGGCUGUGUUCAGGAGGGUAUUCUUGGACAAGUACUUUCCAAAAGCAAUGCGAAGAAUGAAACACACAGAGCUACUGUCUUUGAGGCAAGGAAACAUGACUAUCAAUGAAUACAUUGCAAAGUUUGCACAACUGAUGGAAUAUGCCAAUUUUGACCGUAACAUCUAUGAUGAGGAGUGGCAAGUGGAGAAGUUUGAGAGUGGUUGA